AAUAAAAUCCAGGUAUUUCCACACCUGUGGGUUGCUGUUGCAUGCACCUGCUGCUCCUUCCGCUGUGCUCUGAUGUCUCUCUGCCUCCGCCUGUUUGGCCGCGGACGCACGGAGGCGCCAGAUCACUUAAAGCAUCGAUCCGGUCCUCGUGCUCACCAGUGGAUCCGAUUCCAAGCCAGACGUGCAGCUCAUUCAGAUGUCCUCCCUUUCUCCACCACUCUGUCCGUCUGUGACACGCGUGCGCCCUCCUCGUCUCUGCGCGUCAGCUGUGCCGCUCCGCCGCGUCCUCUGCGCCGCCGCCGCCAAUGCGGGUAUGACAUCCAGCAGGCAGGAGUAGUGGGCUUCCGCCAGCCUGUUUAAGACCGUUACAGAGGAGGAACGGGCAUCGGAGCGGGCACCGGCAGCGGGCACGGGGAAGUGACUCAUUUCUUGCCGCGCGUCGAGAGGAGUGGAUGAGUCGAUGGCCGGGGCACAGCCUGGAGUUCACGCGCUGCAGCUCAAGCCCGUGUGCGUGCCGGAGUGCCUCAAGAAGGGCAACAAAUUCAUGAAAUGGGAAGAUGACUCUACGGCAGUGACCCCGGUGACCCUUACAGUUGACCCAAAAGGCUACUUCCUGUACUGGACGGACCAAAACAAGGACACAGACCUGCUGGAUGUAGCGUUCAUAAAAGAUGCCAGAAACGGAAAGUUCUGUAAAAUGCCAAAGGACGCUAAACUCCGUGAGGUGCUGGACAUCAGCACCCUGGUGGGGAAGUUGGAAAACAGGAUGCUGACGGUGGUGAGCGGCACGGACAUGGUUAACAUCACCUAUCUGAACUUCAUGGCCUUUCAGGAGGAGAUCGCAAAGGAAUGGGCAGAGGAGCUCUUCAAGCUGGCAUCAAACCUGCUGGUGCAAAACUCUUCAAGAGAGACCUGCCUGGAGAAGGUAUACACUCGACUGAAGCUGCAGCUCAACCCUGAGGGACGAAUCCCUGUCAAGAAUAUCUUCAGGAUAUUCUCAGCAGACAGGAAGCGAGUGGAGACAGCUCUGGAAAGCUGUAACCUCCCUUCUGGCAGAAACGAGUCCAUCCCCCAGGAGGACUUCACCCCAGAGGUUUACAGCAUGUUCCUGAGCAACAUCUGCCCCCGACCUGAGUUGGACCACAUCUUCUCUGAAAUCGGGGCGAAGAGUCGACCGUACCUCACCGUGGAGCAGAUGACCGAGUUCAUCAACAGCAAACAGCGGGACCCUCGUCUGAAUGAGAUCCUCUACCCCCCCCUCAAGGCGGAGCAGGUUCAGGUUCUGGUGGACAAAUACGAACCCAACGCUUCUUUGGCACAGAAAGGUCAAAUGUCGGUGGAAGGCUUCUCCAGGUACCUGAAUGGAGAAGAGAACAGCAUCAUUCCCCCAGAGAAGCUGGACCAGAGUGAAGACAUGACCUUCCCUCUUUCCCAUUACUUCAUCAACUCCUCACAUAACACAUACCUCACAGCGGGCCAGCUUGCAGGAAACUCUUCGGUGGAGAUGUACAAACAGGUCCUGCUGUCCGGGUGCCGCUGCAUCGAGCUCGACUGCUGGAAGGGUCGCACCACGGAAGAGGAGCCCGUCAUCACCCACGGCUUCACCAUGACCACGGAAAUCUCCUUCAAGGAAGUGAUAGAAGCGAUCGCUGAGUGUGCCUUCAAGACCUCACCUUUCCCCAUCAUCCUGUCUUUUGAGAACCACGUGGACUCACCCAAGCAGCAGGCUAAGAUGGCAGAGUACUGCCGGUCGAUAUUUGGAGACGCGUUGCUGAUGGAGCCUCUGGAGAAAUAUCAGCUGGAAGCAGGAGUUCCACUGCCCAGCCCCAUGGAGCUGAUGGGAAAAAUACUGAUCAAGAACAAAAAGAAACACCACAAAGCUAACGGAAGCACCAAGAAAAAGCUCUCCGAGCAGGUUUCUAACACCUACAGCGACUCUUCCAGCGUGUGUGAGCCGUCCUCUCCGAGCGCGGGUUCAACCAAAGAGGAACCAGAGCCCCCCCAGCCCUGUGAGGCCGCUGAGCUUGUGCUGAGAGCCCAGAGCAGGAAGUCCAUCGGUGAAGUGGAGGCUGAAAGUGACGAGGAAGACGACGACGAUGACGACUGUAAAAAAGGCUCGAUGGAUGAGGGCACAGCAGGCAGCGAGGCCUUUGCCACAGAAGAAAUGUCCAACUUGGUCCUUUACAUCCAGCCUGUCAAGUUUCACAGCUUUGAGACUUCUAAAAAGAUCAACCGCAGUUACCAGAUGUCGUCGUUUGUGGAGACCAAAGCUUUGGAGCAGCUGACCAAGUGUCCCGUCGAGUUUGUGGAAUACAACAAGCUGCAGCUCAGCAGGAUCUACCCGAAAGGCACCCGGGUGGAUUCAUCCAACUACAACCCUCAGCUCUUCUGGAAUGCCGGCUGUCAGCUGGUGGCGCUGAACUUCCAGACCGUUGAUUUAUCCAUGCAGCUGAACCUAGGAAUGUUUGAGUAUAACGGGAAGUGCGGCUACAGACUCAAACCGGAGUUCAUGAGGAGACCGGAUAAGCACUUUGACCCUUUCACCGAGAGCACUGUGGACGGGAUUGUCGCCAACACGCUGUCGGUUAAGAUCCUCUCAGGUCAGUUCUUGUCUGAUAAAAAGGUAGGAACAUACGUGGAGAUCGACAUGUUCGGCCUGCCGGUUGACACCAAGAGGAAAGCGUUCAAGACCAAGACGUCUCAGGGCAACGCCAUCAACCCGGUCUGGGAAGAGGAGGCCAUCGUGUUUAAGAAGGUUGUCCUCCCCACGCUGGCUUCUCUGAGGAUUGCAGUGUUUGAGGAAGGAGGGAAGUUCAUCGGCCACCGCAUCUUUCCUGCAUCUGCCAUCCGUCCAGGUUAUCACUACAUCAACCUGAGGAAUGAGAAGAACCAGUUGCUGACAUUACCGUCCCUGUUCGUUUACGUGGAAGUGAAGGACUACGUCCCCGACACCUUUGCAGACGUCAUAGAAGCGCUGUCCAAUCCGAUACGCUAUGUCAACCUGAUGGAGCAGAGAGCCAAUCAGCUGGCUGCUCUCACUCUGGAGGAAGGAGGCGAGGAAGAGGGCGACAAAGAGGUGGAGGCAGGAAGUGAUGCCCCCACAGAAUCCAAAGUGGACCGUGGGGUCGUGCAGCCUGCAGAAAAUGGACUGGAGACGCCCAUCAUCCCCUCCAAACCGCCCUCAUUGGUCGGCCCGACUCAGUCUGCAGGUUCGCUGAAGCCGGCGGCGAAGACUGAAGACAUCAUACAGAGCGUCCUCACGGAGUUGGAGGCUCACACGGUGGAGGAGUUAAAGCAGCAGAAGAGUUUUGUUCGGGAGCAGCGGAAGCAGUACAAGGAGAUGAAGGAGCUGGUCCGCAAACACCACCGCAAGACCGGCGAGAUGAUCAAGGAGCACACGGCCCGCAUCUCCGAGCUCCAGGGCCAGCAUCAGCGCAGGAGGUCGGCCCUGCAGAAGAGUUAUAAACGAGACGGUAAGAAAAGUCAGUCUGAACACUCCCUGUCGUCUCUGGACCAAGAGCUGACGGAGCUGGAUCAAGAGUGCAACCAGCGGCUGGCUGAGCUGAAGGAGCAGCAGCAGCAGCAGCUCCUCACCCUCCGUCAGGAGCAAUACUACAGCGAAAAGUACCAGAAACGGGAGCACAUAAAGCAGCUGGUUGAAAAACUGACGGGUUUAGCUGAAGAAUGCCAGAGUGCUCAGCUCAAAAAGCUCAGAGACAUCUGUGAAAAAGAAAAGAAGGAUCUCAAGAAGAGGAUGGACAAGAGAAGACAAGAGAAGAUCACUGAGGCCAAAUCCAAAGACAAGAAUGUGACAGAAGAAGAGAAGUUGGAGAUCAACAGAUCCUUUGUGAAUGAGGUGGUGCAGUACAUCAAGAGGUUGGAGGACGCUCAGAGCAAAAGACAGGAGAGGCUGCAGGACAAACACAAGGACGUUCGGCAGCAAAUCCUGGACGAAAGGCCAAAGUUGCAGAGCGAUCUGGACCAGGAGUACCAGGACAAGUUUCGCCGGCUACCCGUUGAGAUCCAAGAGUUCGUCCAGGACAGCAGCAAGGCCAAACAAAGCGGCGACUUUAUCCACGGGAGCCUCGUUUCCUCCUCGACAGCCGAGAAACUCAACCACAAGGCGUCGCAGUCCGAGGACGAAACCGAGGAGGGCUCGUCAGAACACGUCUACGACACGGCUCUUUAGGGGUUUCACCUUUGCUCCCCAUUUUGUUUGGUGUUUGAUCCCAGAUCGAGGAUGAAACUUCCACAAAUGUAGUCCAGAUUGUAAGCGAUGGGAGGAUUAGAUGAAAUCUGAGCCUGAGUUGGUGAGUAGAGGUCCUCUCUGUGGUAUUUUGUCCAGAGAAGCAUUGGGUGUAAAUAACUUUUUUGUGCAUUUGUACGUACGUUGUCUUCUCUUUUGGUACCGCCACAGGAGGUGUUACACCACUAACUACUUGCAGGAAAAGACUUUUACUUGAACUUUUGCACAGAGAUUAGUUUCUUUUCAUGUCUUUGUCAUCGGGAUGUUGUAGGGAGAUGUGGCGUGCCAAGACUUCUUGAUUGUUCUACGGUGAAUCUUCAGUCCGCUGAGAUUCUGUAAAGAACCCGUUGAUGUAGAACCUGUACAGCCUCCACCAUUACAGUCCCUUGUGUUUGCACUGACCAUCAUAACUUAGUCAGAUUGAUUUCAACCCAGUGACUUUCUGGUUCUGUUCUCACAGAGUUAAUCCUAAGUGUUGCUGCUAAAUAUUUGUAUCGAUCCUUUGACAUAUUGCCAUGGUGCACAGUUUAGUUAUACAUGUACUUUUUUUGGGAUGUUUAUUUUUUAACAAGUUUGCAUUAUUUGUGUCCCAGCAGGAGCAAAGGGAAUUGUGCUGUACAGGGUCUGCAUGUAUCUGAACAAUUGUACAUGUUACAGUAGGUCUGUAGCAGACAUGUGAAUAAUCUGUGUAAAUAAUCAUUAUUCCUGCGUGCGUUUUGACUGUACCUGCUCAACAGUUGACAUUGUGGCUCAGCGCUUCACUGUGAAGUCAACAGAACAGGACGGAGGCAUGUUUGUGUUUCUAGCUGCUCGUUUGCCCUCCAGAACUCAAACAGACAGACCAGGACGUUCAAACACUAGCAGAUCCUGUUGUGGUUUACAGGUAGCCGUUCCCUUGUGUACCCACGGGUGCAUUCAGGAAGCAACCUGACUCUUAAACCCACAUGCUCACAUAUUCCAAUUUGCAGAGGGAUUCUUUUGCUGCGUUUAGGCCACGUUUGGCUGGACUUCCUCCCCUCUAUGUGAACUUAAAGCCCCACUCUGAUGAAAAUGAUCCUUUUAGCAUGUUCUUGCGACUUUUUUCUCAUAAUGGUGGACAAUUAGAAAGAAAAUGGCAUUUCUUUCUUUAUUGAAGGCCGUGUCACACAGCGAGUAGUACACGUCUUUCAUGAUACAUGCGUAACAUACAGAAAUCAUGACUGCGAUGUGUGCAGAAGUCCAUCCAGGGUUUCGUCUGACCCGUCUUUCCGUGAAUUCGGUUUUGAGUUGUUCAAACUUUUUGGUCGGUUGAGAAUUACCCAAUUAUUAUGUUAAUCUUACUCAUUUGUGCGUGAUUUUUGCUUGAUGCAUUUGGAAAUUUGUGGCUUUCUAAGAAAUUCCUACAAACGUCUAACAGACUUCACGGAUGUACCACCGAUGUAUGACUUUUAUAUCACGUAUCCGACGCACAAAUCACAUUAAAUUAUGAAAUUGACCCAGAAAUCACUAAUGAAUUGCAUAUAAACAGCGCAAUAUUCACACGCGGUCCAUGUUCUUCAUUGAUUUACGUGUUCUUUGCGGGGUUUAUUUGUACUUCAUCUGUUGCUUUAACGUGGUUCAUUCGUGAUACAUCUGUAAAAAUGUCAAGCCACAACUUUUCUCAAUUUUUUUUCACGAAUGACCAAUUUUCAUCAGUGCAAUAUGCGCAAAAUGUACGUAGUGGCUGUGUGACACGGCCUUUAAAUUGUUGUGAAUCAGACUAGGUAAACACAGUUAGAUAAAAAUCGUAUUAGUGACAUAGAAAUCCAUCCCCUAGAUCCGUGUACGUCGUGUUUUUCCUCGUCUGAGCUGGAAUCUGGCUAAAACUGUACGGCUGGAUAUCUCCAAUAUUGUUCGCUGUUUUUGUUGCACCAGUAGUAUUAGUAUGGUGGUGUGAGUAACUGUAAGCCGGUGUACACAGAGAGCUCUCAGCAAUGAGGAGGGGAAGGGGGCCACAACUCAACCGAUGCUCACAUUGCCCUCAGCCACUUUUGUUUGAGCAACCACUUCCGGUGAGAAGUCAAUGUAAACGCUCAUAGAUGCACGUUUCGAGCUUCCGCGUUCAAGUUGCAAGUUUUUACGACUCUACGUACAAACCGCGUGUCGAAAGUUAAACCAAGUUGGAUUUUGACCAAUCAGGGACUCUGAUUUGGUAGUGAUGUAUGGACGGCGUCUCUUUUAAUACGCGGAUGUUCCAACCGUUGGAAAAUUGAUCAUGGAGGAGACAAGUUGUGCCAAGCCGGAAUUCUAUGCCACCAAGUCUUUCAUGUAUCGGAAUAAAGCUGAGAAAGAAAGAACCUAGAACAAGAUUCCCCAGAUUUACACCCCUUUGACAUUUGGCACCAAGCCUCUUCCUGCUGUAGGUACUGGCCAUGCGCCGGUAUCGGGUAGCGGCCGAUGCAGUGAUAUGGGAGGUGCGUGUUCAAUGCACGUCACACGCCGCAUUUGAACAUUGCAUGAGAGGUGAAUUCGUGACGAACUGUUGCCGCUCUGCAGAAACUAUGUCCUAGAAAACGACACAGGUUUUUAGAUUUUGAAGAAAAAAAAACAUAGUUAAAAGAUGAUCAGAGUGAGACUUUAAGUCAGACCGAGGAGACGUUGAGACUUCCUACCUGUCCGGUGCCACCCCCCUCUGCCCCCCCUCCCCCAAAGAGCAUGUGAAAACAAACAAAAUGAUUCUCUGAAAAGAGGGUUGCUGGUUAGUACAGUCAAAACAGGGACACUGGUGUGAGAGUCUCGUGCCUUUGAAAGGGUUUGCCAUGUUUGAUGUUGAAUGUGUAAAAUGCAGCACUGUUUGAAUUGCUAUUGUAAUGUACUCCAUGAAGAUGUCUGGUAUUAAAUAAAUGUCUGCACUUCUAUUACGGAACCACUACUGAGAAAUGCUUUGAAUGAGCAGGACGAGGGAAGACAGACCUGUUGUUUUUCUUUUAACUUACCAGGACCCCCCCCCCCCAGUUUUAAGUGUAUGUACCUGGAAAUAUAAAUGUAUGUACGGCUUAAACACGAAGUUGAGACAAGUACAGUGUGAAGGGAACUUGUCACUUUAAAUAAAUGUGGCCAUUGUACUUUU